CGGUCCAGCGAGCUCUCCCAAAGGAGAAUCGCUAACAGUAUAUUAGCUCUUCAGGCUUAUGAGAAAUCUCAUCAUGGCAAAUUUAUUCAGCAAACACGACAACAAACGGCUAAAGUACAUUUUCAAGGAAAGUCUAAAGAUUUAGCAUCCAACAACAAUAAUUCUUGUUGUGUGAUAUGCUCAGAGAAGCACUUUACUCCUAACUGUCUUCAAUAUAGUAAUAAAACUGUUUCUCAAAAGAAAGCUCUCAUCGUUAAACACAAAUUGUGUUACAAUUGUCUUGGGUUACAUCGAGUUUCGUUUUGUAAAACAACUAAAAGAUGUAAGAAGUGUGGGCAAAAACACCACACUUCAAUUCACAAUGCAAACGUUUCAACGAAUGAAAAUAAGAAGGCUUCUGAAGUAAAAGACAACCUUUCGUCAACAGUUACUAAACCUGAAGCUAAGGUUUUGCACUCCUCUGUAAAAAAUCCAUUGAUGGUAUCUCAAGUGUUAUUAGCUACAGCGCAAGUUGUACUUAUAUCAGAAAAUGGUCGAAUUACAAAGGUUAGAGCUCUUAUAGAUCAAGGCUCUGAAAUUUCUAUAAUAACAGAACGGGUUGUGCAACGACUUCAACUUCCACGAAGUCCUUCAUCACUGUCGUUAAUAGGGAUUAGCGCUCAAAAGUCUAACAAGACUCGAGGCCUUAUUUCGUUCACACUUAAACCACAUUUUGAUUCUAAUAUUGAAUACUUAGUUUCAGCUCAUAUUCUGCCAAAGCUUACUUCUUCGAUUCCCUCUACUCAACUUGAUAAGGCAUCAUGGCCUCAUUUAAGCGAACUUAAACUUGCAGAUCCAGAAUUUGCAAAACCCGGAUCAAUCGAUCUAAUAUUAGGUGCCGAUGUAUACGGACAGAUAAUAGAAGAAGGCAUAAUAAAGGGAGCUUCUAAUACACCUAUUGCUCAAUUCCAUGGAUAUCACGUUACUGUCGAUGAGGAUCUGUACGCUUUAAUAAGGAAAUUCUGGGAAUUGGAAGAAAUUCCAACAUCAAAUACUACUGUCUUAUCUCCCAACGAACAAGAAUGUGAAAACCAUUUUAAAACUACACAUAUGAGGGAUUUAAAUGGAAGAUACAAUGUCAAACUUCCUUUUAAAGAAUCAACAGAUAAACUAGGAGAUUCUAAAAUAAAAGCUGCACAACUAGUUAAAAGUUUAUUCAAUAGAUUUACUGCUCGACCUGAUUACGCUAAAUAUUAUACUGAAUUCAUUAAUGAAUAUGAGAACCUGGGUCAUAUGCAAAGGGUUCCAGAUUAUCAAGUUGAGCCUGAGCGAUCUUAUUACCUCCCACACCAUGGAGUGUGGAGAGAACAAAGUCUUACAACAAAAUUGCGAGUAGUCUUCAAUGGCUCUAGUCUAACAACGUCAGGCGUUUCCCUCAAUCAAUUGCUUCAUGCAGACAUUGAGAAAAUGUAUAGACAGAUAAUGGUCCAUCAGGAUAAUUGGGAUUAUCAAAGAAUAUUAUGGAUGAAGAAAUUUAAUGAGAUAAUUAUUUUCGUUCUUACCACAGUCACUUACGGACUUGCAUGCGCUCCAUUCUUAGCAUUACGCACAUUCAAUCAAUUAAUUUCUGACGAAGGAAACCGUUUUCCUCUUGACCUCCCUACAAUGAAAAAGGGUAGAUAUGUUGACGACUUCUUUGGAGGUGCCGAUACAGUCGAAGAAGCAAAAGCAGUUGUCAGUCAAGUUAACCAGCUCUGCAUGGCGGGCGGUUUUAACUUACAAAAAUGGGUCAGCAAUAAUCCAGACGUUCUUGAAGCUAUUCCUUCUAGUAAACGAAUUGAUUUGCAUUCCAUUCAAAUAGAGAACACGAUAAUCCAUGCCCUCGGACUGUGCUGGCAACCAUUGGUUGCUCUCGUGUGUGCUCGCAACUUAUUUUCCAGUAAAUGGCUUGGAUUUUUAUGA